AUGAGUACAUCAACAGCCACUGCCCAGAAUCUGUCCUUUGUCCUCGAAGGUAUUCACCAGGUCAAAUUCGAAGAUCGACCUAUUCCGGAACUAAAAGACCCUCACGAUGUGCUGGUGAACGUCAAAUUCACUGGUAUCUGUGGCAGUGAUGUCCACUAUUGGGAGCAUGGUUCAAUCGGCCAGUUUGUUGUGAAGGACCCUAUGGUCUUAGGGCAUGAGUCCUCCGGAGUCAUCAGCAAGGUCGGCUCAGCUGUCACAGGCUUGAAAGUGGGAGACCGUGUUGCCAUGGAGCCAGGUAUUCCAUGCCGUAGAUGCGAACCUUGCAAGGCUGGGAAAUACAACCUCUGUGAGAGAAUGGCCUUCGCAGCGACUCCACCAUACGAUGGCACCUUAGCCAAGUUCUAUGUACUGCCCGAGGACUUCUGCUACAAACUUCCCGACAGUAUCUCCUUACAAGAGGGGGCUCUCAUGGAGCCUCUAGGCGUCGCUGUUCACAUCGUGAGACAAGCAAGCGUCACCCCCGGCCAGUCCGUGAUCGUUUUCGGGGCCGGGCCCGUCGGGCUUUUGUGCUGUGCCGUCGCAAAAGCUUUCGGCGCCGCUAAAAUCAUCGCUGUGGACAUACAAAAGGCGAGACUGGACUUUGCCAAGAAAUAUGCGGCAACAUCAACUUUCGAGCCCGCCAAAGUAAGCGCGGUGGACAACGCGGACCGACUGAGAAAAGAGAACAACCUAGGAGUUGGUGCAGAUGUGGUUAUCGACGCCUCAGGGGCUGAACCGUCCGUCCACACCGGAAUUCAUGUCCUGCGCCCCGGUGGCACAUACGUGCAAGGUGGCAUGGGCCGGAGCGAAAUAAUGUUUCCAAUCAUGGCGGCCUGCACGAAAGAGUUGAAUAUCAGAGGUAGCUUUCGGUAUGGGAGUGGUGACUAUAAGCUCGCGGUCGGCCUGGUCGCGUCCGGUAAAGUCAAUGUGAAGGAUCUUAUCACCGGUGUGGUCGAGUUCCAUGACGCUGAACAGGCAUUCAAGGAAGUCAAGGCCGGGAAAGGCAUCAAAACACUCAUUGCUGGGAUCCAAGAUUGA